CAGCAUGGCAGACCAGCAGGGGGCGCGCGUGCAGACAAGCCGGGCACGUCGCACACGUAUAAAACCUCCUCCAGGGGCAGCUCCGUCUACCAAACCAACAAGAGGUGCCUCUGCUCACAUCACAUCGGGAAGAGCAGCACGCUUCUGGGCAUGGUGGAGAGGGCAGUGUAACGACGAGCAAGUCAUCACAUCAAGAUUCAAGGCCACGGUCGCCACGACGGCGGCGGUGAUGCCGGUGCCGGAGACGAUGGAGGAGGAGCGGUACGUGCAGGUCGCGUCGAGGUUCUUCCGGGUGAAGCCGGGCGGCGGCGGCGGUGGCGACGGCUGCACGGCCAGUCUCCACUACCUCGGGUCGUGCUUCCUCUGCAAGGAGAGCAUCGCCUGCAACCGCGACGUCUUCAUGUACAAGGGGGACGCCGCGUUCUGCAGCGACGACUGCAGGCAGGAGCAGAUGGCCAUGGACGAGGCGCUGGACGCGGUGGCGCGGCGCCACCGCCUCCUGCGCGCGCCGCCGCCGCCGUCGUCCUCGCCGGCAGGUGAGGCGCCGUCAUCGUCAAGGCCGCUGGUGAUGCGCCGCCGCCCGACCAUCGCCAACCUCGCGGCGCGCAACCACCCCGUGGCCGCCAGCUAGGUAGCUGCUACUGCUAGUGUCAGUCAGCAAUUGAUGGCCGUACGUGCAGCCCAGCCGCCGCACGCAUCGAUCAGGCCGUGGUGUUCGUCGCAGGAUCAGUAGGUGAUUGUUGUUUUCUGCGGCGGAUCGUCGAUGAGUUGCAGUCAACAAGCAGGAUUAGUACAGGUUGAUGAUUAGCCUUGUAGGCAUGUGUAAUUGUUCUUCUCUGGGGAUCCUGCAACACUGAGUUCAUACAUGGAUGAGUGACUUCCUCUGUAUGAUAUCUUGUGUAGAGGAGAGAAUCUAAUGAGCAGUUCAACACAGUAGGUAGAGAUCCACGAGAGCAGGAGGGAAUAACCAAGCUAUGGACAUCACUCUUCGUGAUGACCUAUCUACAUGUACUGAUGUACAAAUUAAAAUAUUGAUACUAGAACAAGAUUGCUGCCGUGUGCACACAAUGUUCAUUCU